AUGUCCGACAGCAAUUCUAUCUUGACUUACGACAAGCCCGCUGCGAGUCACGAUGACAGGGAUGAUGUAGUUCCACUCACAAAAAGAGCCACCAUUUGUGGUGACAACGAUGAAUAUGUCAUGUUGGGUGAUCAAAGAUACCUUAGACAUGAAUUAAUGUUUGCCUUUGGAGGUAGAUUCCAAUCUGAAAAGUUGGCUCCUGCUCCAGUACACAAGUUCGGUAAUGUUGCUGCUUUAGGAAUGUUUUCCUUUGCACUUAAUUCAUUUAUUCUUGGACUUUACAAUUUAAAGGUUAAAGGUAUACAGAGUAUUGAAGUUGCUGUUAGUAUGAUGUUCUUUUGUGGAGGAUUAUUACAAUUUCUUUCUGGUGUCUGGGAAAUGGUUAUUGGCAACACAUUUGCAGCAUUUGCCAUGUGUUCCUUUGGAUGCUUCUAUAUCUCUACUGGUGCUUUGUAUGUUCCUGCAUUUGGAAUGGCUGAAGCUUAUGCUACAGCUCCAGAACAAUUUCCUCAAGCAAUGGGCUUUGUUUGUAUAGGAUGGGCCAUUACUGCCUUUAUAUGUGUUAUAAUAUUGUUGAGAUCAACUAUCCCACUUAUCCUCAUCUUUGUAUCUGCAUGCUUGUCAUUUCUCACACUCGGUAUACAGCAAUUUACUCACAGUGAGGCUGCAGGGAAAGCAUCUGCUGUUUUCAGUAUUUGUGUUGGUGUUUGCGGGUUUUACAAUGGUUUCGCAGGCGUAGCCAAUAGUCUGAACUCAUACAUCAAACUUCCAAUCACCCAAUUGACAUCCCUUGGGAUCUCACAGGCGUCGCUUGAUUUCAAGUCAACGACGUUGGAAUCUGACAGAUUUGUCUGUGUAAGAGAAUCCACCAGUAGUGGGAAUUCAGUGGCAAUUGUCGAUUUACAAAACAACAAUGAGAUCACAAGAAAGAAUAUGAGUGCUGAUAAUGCCAUUAUGCAUACAAAGGAAUUUAUCAUUUCUUUAAGAGCUAAUGGUACUACUUUGCAAAUCUUCAAUUUGGGUACGAAACAAAGAUUGAAGUCUCAUACUAUGAACCAACCAGUAGUCUUCUGGAAAUGGCUUGAUGAUGCUCAUUUGGGUUUAGUAACCACUGAUUCCAUCUAUUAUUGGAACGUUUUUGACGGUACCAAUGAUGCUCCAAUCAAAUUGAGUGAUAGGCACCAUUCAUUGGCAAAUUGUCAAAUCAUCAACUUUGUGGCUGAUUCUGAUUUAAAUUGGUUUGCCGUUAACGGUAUUGCUCAGGAAGAUGGUAGAAUUGCUGGUCAUAUCCAAUUGUACUCCAAAUCAAGAAGUAUUUCCCAAGCAAUUGAAGGUCACGUGUCCAAAUUUGCUUCAAUUAGAUUACCUGGUGCCUCAAGCCCUACAAAGGUUUUCUGUGUAGGUAACAAGAAUGCCCAAGGUCAAGGUAAUUUACAUAUUAUAGAAAUUGACCAUGUCGAAGGGAACCCUCCAUUUCCAAAGAAAGCAGCUGAUAUCUUUUUCCCUCCUGAUGCAGCAAACGAUUUCCCUAUCAGUUUACAAGCUUCAGACAAGUACGGUGUUAUCUACAUUUUGACCAAAUAUGGUUUCAUUCACUUGUAUGAUAUUGAAACAGGAGCCAAUUUGUUUGUCAACAGAAUCACCGCUGAUCCUGUGUUUACUGCGUCUUCCUACGAUAAUGGCACCGGUAUAGUCACUAUCAACAAAUCUGGUCAAGUUUUGAGUGUUACUGUUGCUAAGGAUAAGAUCAUCCCAUAUGUUUUGGAAAAGUUGUCUAAUGUUCCAUUAGCUCUUUCUUUGGCUUCUCGUGGUGGUUUCCCUGGUGCAGAAUCUUUAUUCACCCAACAAUUCCAAAACUUUUUGAAUCAAGGUGAUUACUCCAACGCCGCCAAAGUAGCUGCUUCCUCGGAGCAAUUGAGAACCCAAGAUACUAUCAAUAAGUUGAAGAAUAUUACUCCACAACCGGGUCAAAUAUCCCCCAUAUUGCAGUAUUUUUCUACCUUAUUGGAUAGAGGUACCUUGAAUAAGUACGAAUCUAUUGAAUUGGCCAAGCCUGUUUUACAACAAAACCGUAAGGAAUUGUUUGAAAAAUGGUUGAAAGAAGAUAAGUUAACUAGUUCCGAAGAAUUGGGUGACGUCGUUAAGUCUUACAGUGAUGCUACUUUGGCACUUGCAGUUUACAUUAGAGCUAACGUUCACAUUAAAGUAGUUGCUGCAUUAGCUGAAAUUGGCCAUUUCGAUAAGAUUUUACCAUACUGCCAAAAGGUUGGAUUCUCACCUGAUUACACUCAUUUGAUUCAAAACUUAGUGAGAGUGAACCCUGACAAGGCUAGUGAAUUUGCUACAUCUUUAUUGGGUAACAGUGAUGCUAAUUUGAAUGUGGAGAAUAUAGCUGACUUAUUCUUUUCCCAAAACUUUAUUCAACAAGGUACUGCUUUCCUUUUAGAUGCCUUGAAGAAUGAUUCUCCAGCGGAGGGCCAUUUGCAAACCAAGGUUUUGGAAAUUAAUUUGCUCCAUGCUCCUCAAGUAGCUGAUGCCAUCUUAGGUAAUAGCAUGUUUAGUCAUUACGACAAACCAACUAUUGGUAAGUUGUGUGAGAAGGCAGGAUUAUUCCAAAGAGCAUUGGAACAUUACGAUGACUUGAAGGAUAUUAAACGUGUUAUCGUUCACACCAACGUCUUGCCUAAUGAUUGGUUAGUUGGUUAUUUUGGUCAAUUGAAUGUUGAACAAUCUGUUGCUUGUAUCAAGGAGUUAUUGAGUAACAACAUGCAACAAAAUUUGCAAGUUGUUAUCCAAGUUGCUACCAAGUACUCCGACUUGAUUGGUCCUUUGACUUUGAUAAAGAUCUUCGAAGACUACAAGUGUACUGAAGGUGAAUACUACUACUUAUCUUCUAUUGUUAAUUUGACGCAAGAACCUGAUGUUGUGUUCAAGUAUAUUGAGGCCUCUGCAAAGAUGAAGCAAGUUAAAGAAAUUGAAAGAGUUGUUAGAGACAACAACGUGUAUAAUGGUGAAAAGGUCAAGAACUUCUUGAAGGAAUUCAAGUUAGAUGACCAAUUACCAUUGAUCAUUGUUUGUGACAGAUUCGGCUUUGUUCAUGAUUUGGUUUUAUUCUUGUACAAGAACCAAUACUUCAAGUUUAUUGAAGUUUAUGUUCAAUCAGUUAACCCAGCUAACACACCUCAAGUUGUUGCUGGUUUAUUGGACGUUGACUGUGACGAGAAUAUUAUUAAAAACUUGUUAUCCACUGUUUUAGGUAGAGUUCCCAUCAAUGAAUUGGUUGAAGAAGUUGAAAAGAGAAACAGAUUAAAGAUCUUGUUGCCAUUCUUGGAGAAGACCUUAGAGGGUGGUUCUAAUGAUCAAGCUGUGUACAACACUUUAGCAAAGAUCUAUAUCGACUCCAAUAAUUCACCUGAAAAGUUUUUGGAAGAAAACAACAGUUACGACACUUUGGUUAUUGGUAAGUACUGUGAAAAAAGAGACCCCUAUUUGGCUUAUAUUGCUUACUCCAAGGGUGGGAACGACGAUGAAUUAAUCAAUAUUACAAAUGACAAUAAGAUGUACAAAUACCAAGCUAGAUACUUGUUGAAAAAGUCUGACUUUGGACUUUGGGAUAAGGUAUUGAUUUCCGAUAACGUACACAGAAGAUCAUUGAUUGACCAAGUGAUUUCCACCGGUAUUCCUGAAUUGACUGAUCCUGAGCCAGUCUCAAUUACAGUUAAAGCAUUUAUGGAAAAUGACUUGCCUCAUGAAUUGAUUGAGUUAUUGGAAAAGAUCAUUUUGGAACCUUCCCCUUUCAACGACAACACUUCUUUACAAGGCUUGUUGAUCUUGACUGCCAUUAAAGCUGAUCCUUCCAAGGUCACUACCUAUGUCGAGAAGUUGGACAAGUACGAUCCUGUUGAAAUUGCUCCAUUAUGUAUUGACAACCAGUUAUACGAAGAAGCAUUUGAAGUGUACGAUAAGUUUGAAUUAAGAAAUGAUGCGAUGAAGGUUUUGGUAGAAGACAUUAUGUCUUUGGAUAGAGGGGAAACAUAUGCUGAAAAGUAUGAUACUUCUGAAUUGUGGUUCCAAUUGGGUAAUGCUCAGUUGAACGGUUUAAGGAUCUCUGAAGCCAUUGAUUCAUAUGUGAAAUCCAAGAACCCAGCAAAUUAUGAGCAAGUUAUUGAAAUCGCUGAACACGGUGGAAAGGAGGAAGAAUUGAUCAAGUUCUUGGAUAUGGCCAGAUCUUCCUUAAGAGAACCCGUGAUUGAUGGUGCCUUGAUUAAUGCUUAUGCUUCAUUGGAUAAGUUGAGUGACAUCGAGAAGUUUGUUGCUGGCCCUAACGUAGCAGAUUUGGAAGCUAUUGGUGAUAAGUUGUUUGAAGCCAAGAACUACAAGGCUGCAAAGAUUUUAUUUAGCAACGUUUCAAAGUACUCUAAGUUGGCUACAACCUUGGUUUAUUUGAAGGACUACCAAGGAGCCGUUGAUUGUGCAAGAAAGGCUUCCAAUACGAAUGUUUGGAAACAAGUGAAUGAUGCUUGUAUUGAGAACAAGGAAUUUAGAUUGGCUCAAAUUUGUGGUAUGAAUUUGAUUAUUGAUGCUGAAGAAUUACCUGCAUUGGUUAGAAUCUAUGAACACAAUGGUUACUUUAAAGAAUUAAUUGGACUUUUUGAAAGUGGGUUGGGUUUGGAAAGAGCUCACAUGGGAAUGUUCACUGAAUUAGCCGUUUUGUACAGUAAGUAUAGUCCAGAAAAGGUUAUGGAACAUUUGAAGUUAUUCUGGUCAAGAAUUAAUAUUCCAAAGGUAAUUUCAGCAUGUGAGGCUGCUCAUUUGUACCCUGAAUUGAUCUUUUUGUACUGUCAUUAUGAAGAAUGGGAUAAUGCUGCUUUGACAAUGAUUGAGAAGUCAGAAGUAGCCUUUGAUCAUCUGUCAUUUAAGGAAAUCAUUGUUAAGUGCCCAAACUUGGAGAUUUACUACAAGGCGAUCAACUUUUAUCUUAACGAAGAACCAACAUUAUUGGUCGAUUUGUUGUCUGUAUUGACCCCCAAAUUAGAUCUACCAAGAGUUGUUGGUAUGUUUGUUAAGUCUGACAACUUACCAUUGAUCAAGCCAUUUUUGGUUGCUGUAUUGGAGAAGAAUAAUUCUGUUGUGAACUCUGCAUACCAUGAAUUAUUGAUUGAAGAAGAAGAUUACAAAUCCUUAAGAUCUUCCAUUGAGAAUGAAUCUAACAACAGAUACAAUAAGUUAGAAUUGGCUGAGAAAUUGGAGAACCAUGACUUGAUCUUCUUUAGACAAAUCUCUGCUACUUUAUAUACUAAGGAGAAGAAGUUCAAUAAGGCCAUUUCUAUCUUAAAGAAUGAUCAAUUGUGGUCUGACUUACUUAAGACAGCAGCCCUUUCCAAGUCUAGGAAGAUUGCCCACGAGUUGUUGGACUAUUUCGUUGAAACAGGGAAUCGUGAAUGUUUUGUUGCCUUGUUGUAUGUUUGCUACAGCUUGAUUGAUCACGACUACGUGAUGGAGUUGGGUUGGUUACACGAAUUAACCAACUUUAUUAAGCCAUACGAGAUCUCUAUUGCUUAUGAGAACCAAAAGAAGUUGAACGAAGUCUAUGCUGAUUUGAUUAAGAGAAAGAAUAGUGAAGAGGCUGAAGAAGACCAAAAGGGUAUCAACCAACCUUUAAUGAUCACCAAUGGUAGUUUAGGCUUUCAACCAACUGGUGCUGGCUUUGGUAAUGCCUUCUAG